GCACAAUUUUCCUGUGAAGGAAACAAGCUUGUUAUCUUUGCCCUCUGGACUCAUCAUCAUCAAUCGCUUGCACUGGUCUUUGUAUAUAACCAAGGAAAUCAGCGCGACAGAUUACGACAGCUUCCGUCGAUUUUUAGUUACAUACCAUGCGUCCCCCAAAGGCCAGUACAACAAUUCGAAUAUCCGCGAACUUUGGACCUGCGAGCCAAUUCGCAAACUUGCCCGCGACCUUCAUUCAGCUCAAGGGCCGGACAGAUCUCGAAGAAGGCGACCUCUAUCUACAAUUAUCGCUGGCAACCCUGCGAGAGCUGGCCGACUUGUUGGAACACGAUCGUCUCUCAGAAACUGAUAAAACCACCUACGGUCGAGCUUACACCGCUGGCAAAUUACAAUAUGACCAGGCGGUAAAACUCAGAGACCAACUUCAAACGCAGAAAAAAUCCUUCCGCAGGUUCAUUGUCAACCUUUUCGUCCGCAAGUCGGAUGCCGAGCGCUUUCUUAAAGUCACACAUCGGGCUUAUACGAGUAUCAGAAGGACUUCAGAUGACCUGGCCAGACGGUUGCUACCAGAAAAAAAUAACACCUUUGUAUUUGGAACCCCCGAGAAGUCUGCACAAGACCAAGCCUCUGAUUGUGAGGAGAGUCCGCGUGAUGUGGUAGAAGACAGUCUUUCAGUCACCGAUCUUCCUCCAAACAGAACCAUUCGAGGUCUUAAUGUAGAUGUACACAAUAAACAGGAAGAACAUGAGCUCUUUGCGACGAUUAGUCGAAUAGUGAAAGUCAGGAAUGCGGACGAAUAUGAACAGGCAGAAGAAGCAGAAGAAGAAGAUGAUGAUGAUGGUAGUGCCACUGUCAGAGCCUUGAACUCACAAAGCAGAGCGCCGUCCCCUAGCUCCAGCUGCUCAUUGAUCAAUAUUUUCAUCAACCAAAGCGUGGUGUCUUUUGAUUCAGAAUCGACAGGACCAACAUUGAAUGUCGGGGCGAAUGAAGGGGACCGGUCAGCGCUAGGCCUGGAUAUCAAUAAGCUGACGUCUCAGUUAACUUGAUUUGAUGAUUGUGAC